AAUAGUGAAGGGGCCAUUUAUGUAAGUGGGAAAGUAAAUAGGGCGGGCGUUCCAUCAGUUAUAUAAGUGUAAGACCUAGGGUUUUGUUUCGUUACUCUCCGGCCGCCGCACACCAAACUUGAGGUAAGAAGAAGAAGAAGAAUGUCGCACAGGAAGUUUGAGCAUCCAAGACACGGUUCUCUUGGCUUUCUUCCCAGGAAGCGUGCCGCUCGCCACAGAGGAAAAGUGAAAGCUUUCCCUAAAGAUGACCCAAGCAAACCAUGCAAGCUUACAGCUUUCUUGGGCUACAAGGCUGGAAUGACCCACAUUGUCAGAGAGGUCGAGAAACCCGGAUCAAAGCUUCACAAGAAAGAGACAUGUGAGGCUGUGACCAUCAUCGAGACUCCACCCAUGGUGGUUGUCGGUCUUGUUGCUUACGUCAAGACUCCCCGUGGUCUGCGAUCUUUGAACACUGUUUGGGCUCAACAUCUCAGUGAAGAUGUCAAAAGAAGGUUUUACAAGAACUGGUGCAAGUCCAAGAAGAAGGCAUUCACCAAAUACUCCAAAAAGUUUGAAUCUGACGAGGGGAAGAAAGAUAUUCAAUCCCAGUUGGAGAAAAUGAAGAAGUAUGCAACUGUUAUCCGAGUCUUGGCUCACACACAGAUAAGGAAAAUGAAGGGUUUGAAGCAGAAGAAAGCACAUCUUAUGGAGAUCCAAGUGAACGGUGGUACUGUUGCCCAGAAAGUUGACUUUGCCUACGGUUUCUUUGAGAAGCAAAUUCCGAUUGAUGCUGUGUUCCAGAAGGAUGAAAUGAUUGACAUCAUUGGUGUGACCAAGGGUAAAGGUUAUGAAGGUGUUGUGACUCGUUGGGGUGUGACCAGACUGCCUCGCAAGACUCACAGGGGUCUGCGUAAGGUGGCUUGUAUCGGAGCCUGGCAUCCUGCUAGAGUUUCCUUCACUGUAGCCAGGGCUGGUCAGAACGGUUACCACCACCGUACGGAAAUGAACAAAAAGAUUUACAAGCUUGGAAAGACUGGACAGGAGUCCCACACCGCUCUCACUGAGUUUGACAGGACGGAGAAGGACAUCACUCCAAUGGGUGGCUUCCCGCAUUAUGGUGUGGUGAAGGAUGACUAUUUGUUGAUCAAAGGUUGCUGUGUUGGACCAAAGAAGAGGGUGGUUACUCUUCGCCAGUCGUUGCUUGCACAGACAUCUCGGUUGGCUCUUGAGGAGAUUAAACUCAAGUUUAUUGACACAUCAUCCAAGUUUGGUCAUGGUCGCUUCCAGACCGCAGAGGAGAAACUCAAGUUCUACAACCGCCAGAAGGCAUGAUGAGAAUGUGUUUCAAGUUUUGUUUGUUUCCUUCUUUUUAAGACAUUUGAGUUUGGUGUUAAAUCUCAUUCAUGAUCUUGAUUUUAUAACGUUUAGCAUAAUGUGUUUUAUUUUCCA